AUGACGAGUACAAUUGGAAUACCCAUCAAGCUCCUUAAUGAGGCGGCUGGCCACAUCGUCACGCUGGAAAUCACUUCUGGCGAGGUGUACCGCGGAAAGCUGAUUGAAGGCACCCGAGGACAAUAUGAAUGUGCAACUCAAGGACAUCACAGUUACUGCGCGUGA